CCUGGGUUUUUCUCUUCUCCGCAGACUGUGUUCUUACAGGAUAAUGCCAUAUCUCAGAUCCAGCAGCAAGAUUUGUCUCCUCUCCUGGGUCUCCAAUACCUCUAUAUCCAGAACAACAGCAUCUCUGUCCUGGAGCCCGGCGCCUUCAGGUCCCAGCAGCACUUGGUGGAACUGGCGCUCAACGGAAAUCGUAUCCAUCUCCUCAACAGCAGCAUCUUCAAAGGUCUGGAACACCUCAGAGUCCUCUACCUGGCAGGGAACCAGAUUACCCGUCUUGUGUCCUACACCUUCUCUGACCUGCCGAGGCUUCAGGAGCUGCAUUUACAGGAAAACAAUAUUGAGAUGCUCCAGGACCAGGCAUUCUCUGGGCUGUCUUCGCUUGCGCUACUCGACCUCAGCAAAAACAACCUGCGUUCCAUAACUCGCAGCACUCUUCGGCCUCUCAUCAGCCUGCAAGUGCUCCGACUGACAGACAACCCAUGGAGAUGUGAUUGCGCCUUGCACUGGCUCCGUGCCUGGAUGAAAGAAGAAGGGAAGCGUCUCCUGACCUCCUUCGAUAGGAAGCUUAUCUGCUCUGAGCCUCCAAGACUGUCCCACCAGAGUCUAUUGGACAUCUCUGGAAACAGCCUUAUCUGCAUUCCCCCCGUGGUGAGCGUAGACCCCAUGGAGACCACCGCCCGUCUUGGGGAUGAACUGCGGGUCUCCUGUCGAGCUUCAGGGUAUCCCCAGCCACUGAUAAUGUGGAGGAAGGUUGCUCACGCUCGAACAGGUCCUACGAGGGUUAACACCAAGUCCACCGGCAGCAGGACCUUUGAGCUGACCGAGCGCAGUGUUGGCGAACAAUUGGACUCUGACACGGGGAGCGGCAUGCUGUUUUUGACCAACAUUACCAUGUCUCAUGCUGGAAAGUAUGAGUGUGUGGCUUCCAAUCCAGGUGGCACAGCUAAAGUGUUAUUCCACCUGACUGUCAAUCUGUCCAACCAGCAGUCUCGGUCAUACACCUCAGUAGACAUCAGCCAAGAGCCACUUUAUGACAUGGAGAGCAUGGAGUUCAACUCUCUCAAUAUGGCGACUCAGACAGCCAUCGCCAUUGGGAUAUCACUCUUGGCUCUGACGGCACUGCUCCUCAUCGUGAUGAUCUACAGAAAGCAUCACAAGCGAAAAAAAGCCAAAAAGGAGGAGAACAUCUUGUACGUCAAUGACUACUCCGACGGGCCAACCACCUUCGCCCAACUGGAAGAGUACAGGGAUGAGCGUGGGCAUGAGAUGUUUGUGAUAGACAGGAAUAAGGCCCAUUUCCCAACCUACAAGGAUGCAGAUGGGAUGAGCAGCUUCACCGGCCUUCCGGAUCUGGCCGAGCAGCUGGCGGAACAAGGGACGCAGACGCUAGAGGACGAGGCAGAGCGUCCAAUGAAUGACCUUUUCAUAAACCAGGGCUUUUUGUUCCAGCAGCAAAUUGCUUAUGAAAUACAUUGUUAA